AUGGCUUCACGAGUGGUGUUCUCGCGGCGCUCCCUGGCACCACUGGCGGCCAUGGCCCUCGGCGGCAUGGCACUGGCUCCGGCUACUGUUUUCGCCGAAGGUUCCAGCGACUUCAAGCGGAAACCCAUCUACGACGAUUAUGAUAUCCCGACAGCAAAUCCCGCACCUGUAACACCACCACCAGUUGCUGCGACGCCCGUUGAGCCGGUCGACGACGAGGAGAGGCAUCACUCGCCUACUCCUACUGAGCGGCUGGCCGUCCAUAUCGGUAGAGGUCGCCUGGCUCUCUACAAGUACGCAGUAGCUGCUGAGAACAAGGUCAACGAGACCAUGGAUUCAGCCUUCAAUCUCGAGCAAUCCUUCACCAGUACCAUCGCUUCACUGGCUCCCUCCCGUGAAAGCGGCGAGCAACUUAUGCCCGGUGCCAUUUACGUUCUGGUUGCUGCUAUGGCCGGCAGUAUCAUUACUCGCAAUCGCAGCAUUAUCCUUCGCGCUUCGCUCCCCCUCGCCCUGGGUAUUGGCGCUGGCUGGACCGUUCUCCCUGUCACCAUGCGCAACAUCUCCGACCUGACCUGGAAGUACGAGCAGAGGUUCCCUGUUAUUGCCGAGUCUCACAUCCGCCUGCGCGAGAGUAUCGUAAACAGCGUCAGCUUUGCCAAGGCGCAUAGCCAGGUUGGUGUCCGUUAUGUAGAUGAAAAAGUGACAGAUGCACGAGAGGCUGUUGAGGGCUGGGUCCAGAAGGGCAAAUAA